UUAAGUACAACAAAGGUUGAUUACAGCUUCAAUCCUCAGAUAUUCAAAUAUAUCAGUAAGAAAACAAAGAAAAUCAGUUCAGUUUUUUCAUCUAAAGUGUCAUGAUGUUCAGACUUUGGCCUGAGUUGAUUUGAUUUGUUUGCUGUGGCUCAGUUGUUCAUUUAAAGCUUUGAUUAAAAUUUUUAACAAGAGAAAUGAAAUAAACAGUGAAUGAUAAAAUCACAUUUCAACACACAAGUCAUUCAUGAUUGUUGAAUUAGAACAAAAUAAAAGACUUCCCUUCACUACUGCCGACCAGGAAAUAAACACAGUCCCUCCUUCUUUGUCACGUGUUUAGUUUUAUGAUGCAACUGUUGAUCGAGGUUCAAACCUGCAGCUACUUCCUGCUCUGAAACAUUUUUUCUUUUCCUGCUGUGAAGUGAAGCAGUUCCUCCGUGCAGCUACAAACAAAUCUCUACAUUGAAGAUGGGUGUAAGCAGCAUGUGGUGAAGUGUGAGAGCUGACAGGCUCCAUUCACUGUACAAUCACAUGUUGUUCAGAUCAGAGCUCAGACUAGUUUCACUUCUAGCAAACAGAAACUCACACAGUCGUCGACACUGAGAGGUGAAAUGGAGCAGAAAGGAGUUCAGCUGGACAGAGAAACCUUCUCUUGUUCCAUCUGUCUGGAUCUACUGAAGGAUCCUGUGACUACUUCCUGUGGACACAGCUACUGCAUGAACUGUAUUAAAAGCCACUGGGAUGAAGAAGACCAGAAGGGAAUCUACAGCUGCCCUCAGUGCAGGAAGACUUUCAUACCGAGGCCUGUCCUGGAGAAACACACCAUGUUAGCAGAGUUAGUGGAGCAGCUGAAGAAGACUGGACUCCAAGCUGCUCCAGCUGAUCACUGCUAUGCUGGACCUGAAGAUGUGGCCUGUGACUUCUGCACUGGGAGGAAGCUGAAAGCCUUCAAGUCCUGUAUAAACUGUUUAGCCUCUUACUGUGAGAAACACCUCCAACCUCACUAUGAUGCAGCUCCAUUAAAGAAACACAAGCUGGUGGAGCCCUCCAAGAAGCUCCAGGAGAACAUCUGCUUUCGUCAUGAUGAGGUGAUGAAGAUGUUCUGUCGUACUGAUCAGCAGAGUAUCUGUUAUCUCUGCUCUGUGGAUGAACAUAAAGGCCACGACACAGUCUCAGCUGCAGCAGAAAGGACUGAGAAGCAGAAGGAGGUGGAGGUGAUGCUAGAAAACAUCCAGCAGACGAUCCAGGAGAGACGCAAAGACGUGGAGCUGCUUAGACAGGAGCUGAAGGCCAUGGCUCACUCUGCUGAUAAAACAGUGGAGGACAGUCGGGAGAUCUUCACUGAGAUGAUCCGUCUCCUCCAGAAAAGAAGCUCUGAUGUGGAGCAGCUGGUCAGAUCCCAGCAGGAAACUGAAGAGAGUCGAGUCAAAGAUGUUGAGGAGAAGCUGGAGCAGCAGAUCACUGAGCUGGAGAGGAAAGGCUCCGAGCUGAAGCAGCUCUUAAACACAGAGGAUCACAACCAGUUUCUACACAACUACCCCUCACUGCCACCACCCAGUGAGUCUACACACUCAUCCAGCAUCAAGAUUCGUCCUCUGAGGAACUUUGAUGGCGUGAAAGCAGCUGUGACAGAGACCAGAGAGAAACUACAGGACAUUCUGAGAGAGACAUGGACAAACAUCUCAGUGACAGUGACUGAAGUGGAUGUUUUACUGCCACAACCAGAGCCAAAGACCAGAGAUGAAUUCAGGAAAUAUUCAUGUGAAAUCACACUGGAUCCAAGCACAGCAAACAAAUAUCUGUUAUUAUCUGAGGGGAACAGAAAAGUAACAAGAAUGAAUCAAUCUCAGGCGUAUUCUCAUCAUCCAGACAGAUUCACUGGUUAUUGUCAGGUCCUGAGUAGAGAGAGUCUGACUGGACGUUGUUACUGGGAGGUGGAGUGGAGAAGAGGAGGAGUUGAUGUAGCAGUCGCAUACAAGAAUAUCAGCAGAGCAGGGGGGUCAUAUGAAUGUGGAUUUGGAUACAAUGACAAAUCUUGGUCAUUAUGUUGUGACACAAACAGCUAUGAAUUUUACCACAACAACAUCCAAACUCCUGUCUCAGGUCCUGUUUCCUCCAGAGUAGGAGUGUACCUGGAUCACAGAGCAGGUCUUCUGUCUUUCUACAGCGUCUCUGAAACCAUGACUCUCCUCCACAGAGUCCAGACCACAUUCACUCAGCCUCUCUAUGCUGGACUCUGCUUAUUGAAUGUUGGAGACACUGCUGAGUUGAUUAAAGUGAAAUAGACAUAAGUCUCUUCAGGGACAGUUGGUUAAAAUGUGUCUUCUAGUCUCCAGGUGGUUUGGUCUCCAUGGUUGUAGCUGAGAGCUCAUUGUUGUGUCAUGUCUUCACUGCUCAGAGAUCAGCCGUCAGUCACACUUUGUGGGCGGUACUUUGUCGUCUCCUGGUUUGUUGUUUGCUCGAUGUUGGACUUUGUUUGGGUGGCGCUCCUUCCUGUGUCUGUUUAGCCACGGAGGCUCUCACUGCUCACCAUGACUUUGAUUCACAUAAACUGACAUUUGUCCAC